AUGUCAGACAUUGAAGAAGAUUCAUAUGCUAAGAAGAAAAGUGAAGUUUAUUUAGCUUAUGUCGAUGCACCAAUUAAAGAAAGUGAUGAAUUGACAAUUUCCGAUACGUUCAUUGGUAGUUCACCAUUGUGGCUACAUCCCGAAUCUAUCCCUGAUGAAAAUAUGUUAAAAUGUAAUUCAUGUAAUUCAAAUGAAAAUAUGCGUCUUUUAAUUCAAGCUUUCGCUCCAAUUGAUAGUGAACAAAUGGAAUCUUUACAAUUAAAUUGUAAGAAAAUUAUUGGGAAACCAACUUUAAAAUAUAUUUCAAAUAAUGAUGAUAGAGUGUUAUAUGUAUUCAUUUGUGAUAAAUGUCCAAGAAAAUUAGGUGGUGUAAAAUGUAUUAGAGGUGUAUUAAAACAUGAUGAAGGCAAAGUAUCUACGGUAGAUAAAAUUGUAUCGGAUCAAUCAUCAAUGGGCAAAAAAUUUGACAUUAAUCCAUUUGAUAUUAAUAAUAAUAACGAUACAAAUCCAUUUGGUAAUGUUACGAAUUCUUCUUCAAUUAAUGAAAAUCCAUUUUCAAUUACUAGUAGUAAUAAUAAUAAUUCAAUGAAUAGUUCUAUUGAAAAGACAAAUGAUUUACAAAAACAACCUUUAUCAAAGAAAGCUCAAAGGAAAUUACAUGAUGAAAAAAUUGAUAAAAUUCAUGAUUUACAAAAAGAAUAUAAAGGGUUUUUAUUGUAUGUUGAACAAGAAACGUUUCAACAUAAACCUGAUCAUUUAAAAUUGCCAAAAAAUUUAAAGAUUGAGAAAGAAGCAUUGGAAUUAUCAGAUGAUAAUGUUAUUGAUACCGAUGAUUUAGAAAAAGAUCCAAUUAAGAUGGAUCCACGUACAGAAAAACUUUCACAAUUCCUUGACGAUGAAGUAUUUCAAAAAUUUCAAGAAGUUGUCGCUUAUAAUCCAUUACAAGUAUUACGUUAUGAUCUGGGUGGGAAACCAUUAUAUUAUGCAGCCACAAAACCUGUGUUAGACACUGUGAUACCUCGUCCAGAAUUUAAUAAAGAUAGUCAACGUGUCUUUGAAAUGCAAUUAAUGCCAAAGAUGAUUAUGGAUUUAGAAGAAGGUGAAGUCUCAGUUAAUGAUGGAAUGGAAUGGGGUUCAAUCUUAAUAUUCACAGAUGUUGAAAAUUGUAUCCCAGAAUUUGAUGAUAAUGGUGUAGGUUAUGUAGAAGAAUGUGUUAGAGUUCAAUGGGAGAAAAGAUCAUAA